UUUUCAUUCGAAAGAAGAAAAAGGAUAGAAAAUAUUCUGAAGCAUUUGUAAUGUCAGCUGGAUCGCGGCUUCACUUUCUGAAUACAGUUGUAGUUGUUGUCGGUCAUCGACGGAGAACCGUUAUUUAAAAUGGAUUUCAAACACCGUGUCAAGUUACGGACUUUUAGUGAGAGACACAACGAUAGUCCAGAUUUCGAGAAUUCGUAUGAUAUAUAAGUGACAUAACCUACAACAAACUUACUUAUGCCUAUUCGUGCGGAUAUUUUCGAUUCGACAGUGACAGAGAUUUUGUUUGUGCAAAAUGUUGGAAGGACUCGUGGCUUGGGUGCUAAACAACUAUCUCGGCAAAUACGUAGAAAAUCUGAACACGGAUCAGCUGAGCAUUGCCUUGUUAUCGGGGGAAGUUGAAUUAGAAAACUUACCCUUGAGACGCGAAGCUCUCCGUCAUAUCGGGCUACCGAUCGAAAUUAAGGCUGGAUUUAUCGGUAAAGUUAGACUGCAAGUGCCAGUUAGACAAAUAAGGACUGCAUCAUGGGUGAUAGCUAUAGAGCAGCUUUAUCUAGUAGCAGGACCAAUUAAUAUAAGCGAGUACGACAAUGAGGCGGAAGAACAAGCAAUAUUGGAAUAUAAGCUUAGUCGAUUGGAUGGGUUGGAAGCCAGAUGGAAAGCGGAUGUAGAGCACGAUCCUGGUUAUUAUGCCUCGAGUUACAGUUCGUGGUUAAGUUAUGGCACGUCUUUAGUAACAAACGUCAUUGAAAAUUUACAAUUAAAUAUCAAAGAUGUUCAUAUCAGAUAUGAAGAUGGUGUUACGCUACCAGAUGAUAAUGGUAUUGCAUUUGGUAUUACAAUUGGUGCAUUAACUGCUCAAAAUUGUGACGCUAGUUGGAUACCUAGUUGCACGUCUUGGAAUCUAACAGACGCGUCUUUUAAGUUGAUGGAACUCGAUAGUCUUUCGAUUUAUUGGAAUCACGUAAAAAAGGAUGAACUUUUUGGUGGUCUUAAUUUAGGCGAUCUGGCUAUUGCCAUGAGCAAAUCCAAAAACUCGACGAAGCACCAUAUUUUAUCACCUGUGAACGCAAGAGCACACAUCAAAAGAGAUCGAACCGAGCGUCCAUUAAGAUCUGUUAAUAAACCACGUAUUGUAGUAGACCUACGUUUAGACGAAGUACCAUUGUCCAUAACAGAUAUUCAAUAUGAAGAAAUGGUUACAUGUAUCAAAGAUCUGCAUCGCAUAAAUCGUCGUAAACAACAGUGGCGUUGUAGACCUAUAGUUCAUGUUAAGGAUGGCUGCAAGGAAUGGUGGAAGUACGCUGCCAGGUGUCAUCUCGGUAGAGAUACGCUCAAACCUAAACAAUCUUGGGAAGAUGCGCUUUCCAGAGCCAGACAGAACGUUCGUUACGUUCAAGCGUACACUAAAUUAUUAAGUACACCCACUUCAAUCCUGUCCCCGGAGACUAAAGCGUUGAAGGAGAAAGUUGAACACGAACGGAGUUUUGACGAACUACGAGCAUUGAGAGAAUUGGCUAUGCACAAGGUGAGACCUACGAAGCCGCAGCGAGUGUCGAACGGGAAAGUGCCACAAGGACGCGGCAUGCUCCUGCAGUGGUUUCCACAGUGGUGGGGUUGGCACUCGAAAACUCCUCACAGCAACGGAGCGCAAACCGAAGGUAACUCGACAACGUUCGACGGUGAGCUGCUGGACGUUCUGGCGGACACCAUGGACGACGAUACCCUGUUACGUCGCGACAUGGUAUUCGGGCAGUUCAAUUUCGCUCUGGCGCAGGGCGCGGUAUCGCUGUGCACCGCGAAAAACGGCUGCGACGGCACGAAAACUGUAAUAGAACUGAAGUUCGAGAGAGUGAACCUGAGUUACGAGUCGCGACCCAGAUCUGGGUCGCACAAGUUCUCGAUCAGUCUGGGCACGUUGCAUCUCCACGACUUUCUCACGGAGAAUUCCACGUUUCCCAUUUUGGUGCAGCCUCAGGUCGCGUCUAGCGUGUUCUCACGCGUCCGCAACUCGUCGGAGAAACUAACAAAACAGGCGCCGUACAACUUGUUCGAACUGAUUUACGAAAAGAGGCCAUUUCACAUCAGCAUGGAUCAUCUGUUGCACGUGUACUCGCAGUCGUUAGAUGUCGUGUAUAAUCCGACUGUGAUAUACUGGCUGGUAGACUUUAUGUGCAAGCCGCACCGUUCGGCGUCGUCCAAUCAACGAUUGCAAGCGAUGAAACGUCGCACGAGAAGGCAGCUGAUCAAGAACUGGGAACAGAUUCUCGACGGUGACUUCGUGUACCGCUCGUCGUGGGACUUGCAGUUCAAGAUCUCCGCGCCACAGAUCUUGCUGGUGGAGAGUUUCGUCGAUGUCAACGCGGCCGUGGUGAUGGUCGAUUUCGGCAAGCUACACCUGUCGAACAACACGAAUCUGAAUCAGAUAAUGAUGAAAACGGAAUCGACCAUCAGCGACGACGAGGAAGAGAGAUUUGAGACGCCUUGCUCCACUCCACCUGGCAGCCAGGAGAAUGGCUCGCCACAUGAUUUCCAGGGCCUAUCUGAAACGGAAUUGUACAAGAAAUUGUACGAUCAGUAUUCCAUUGAUUUGGUGGAUCUGCAGAUUCUGGUGGGCAAGGCGAAGGACAAUUGGAAGCACGUUCGUACAAGGGGUAUGUCGACCUUACAUUUCCUCGAGCGUUUCAACAUAUCCCUACAAGUUGAACGACGUGUCUUCACUACGUCGGAUCCCAACUUUCCUUCGGUCACAGUAUCCGGCAAUCUGCCAAGACUGGUAGUGCACGUAAACGAGCAUAAAGUAAGUGCGAUGCGCUUAAUGUACAAUUUAUUAUCCAGCUUCUCCACCUCUGCUGGCAUUCCACAAAAUACGGAAAUCGUUAGCAUCGAACCUGAAAGCCCCAGGAAGGAAGAGAAUCUGGAUCGUUCAUUGAGCCACGCUGUGAUGGUGCAAUUUAUCAUCGACCAAAUGACUUUUGAUUUGCAAUCGAGAGGUCGCAGCGUGGCGGAGCUGCAAGUGUCCGGUGUCCGAGCAGCUCUCAGCAAAAGAGUGGCGGAUCUAAGCGUUUCCCUCUCUGUCCACGGAUUGCUCUUAGUCGACGCUCUUCAGGAAUUUGGUUCCGAUUUUGAACUACUUGUGGCUAGUCAUAAGCACGUCGGCAUGGAUAGUGUUUCCGGCAUCUUGAGAGAUUCGGACCCGACGUCACCUAUCUCACCGGAGUCGCCUGAGUCGCCGGACUUUACGAAACCACCGCGACUGACCUCGCCAGUCGCCCUGACCAACGCGCUGUCUAAUCUGGUGAACAAAGUGAAAACUCCACAUUCACCUCGUGAAAUGAGAAGUAACUCGUUAGUCGGUUUGGAAAAAUUGGAUUCGGAGGCGCUGAUCGUCGUGGAACUGACGCUGGUGGACGACCCCACAGAGAACCUGAGGAUGGCAAACAUACAAUUCAACAACCUAGACAUCAUAGCCAACCAAGCGACGAUAGUAGAAUUAUUGGGAUUCUUUCAGAGAAUUUUGCCGUUGCAGAAAUCAAGGUCGGCGCACAUUGCAAGCCGGACAGAUUCCUUGUCGAGUCAGAACACAGAGAUGAAGACAUCGACGAGAACGGAAAUCACCUUCGACUUUCAUCGCUUGAACGUGCUGCUUCUGCGCGCAGUGGUGCAGGAUAAUCAUUUGGUGGGACAGAAGAUCGCCACAGCAACCAUGUCGGACGCGCGCAUACAAGCCACCUUGGCCGCGAACACGUCGAUAUCGGGAUCGCUUGGUGGAGUGCAGAUGCUCGACCUGACUCCAACUGGGAAGACCCAUCAGCGGAUAAUCAGCGUGGGCAGAGAUCCGUUAGCGGAUCCGCCACAUCAUCCCCUAGAACAUUUCAGCGGACUGUCCGAUCAACAACAGGAGGCAUUCAAAUUUCUGGCCAAUCGUAGCACCAAAUAUACCAGCGAGGAUUGCACGGAGAUCGACCUCGAUCUCACGAUACGUGUGGCUAGCGUCUGGUACACCCACGUGCCGCAUCUGAUAUCGGAGUUACGCUCGUGUGUCGACGAAUUCAAGCAGUACCUGAGCAACUUCGCGCGACAAAUCAGCGCAGCCGCCACUGAUAUGGCAAUCGGUUUGGUGAACGCCGACGAUUGGACGAUACCAUCGCGUAAACGACUGCCAAGCGUCUCGGUCGAUCUGGACAAUUCAAACACUUUGUCGUUAAGAUUGGACGUGCUUCUAGAGAGUCCUGUGCUCGUGAUGCCGCGCUCCUCGCACAGCAAACAGGUAUUCGUAGCUCAUCUGGGCACGAUGUUGCUGCAACACGAGCCUCACCUAGGCUCGAUGGCGAAACAUAAAGUCACGUUGGAGGUGCGCGACAUGAAUCUGUACUCUCUCGAGAUAUCCAGUAACAUUGGGCAGUCACAAAACAAUUUGCCGAUGAGAGCCGAGGAGAUGUACUCGUGCAAGGAGUCCGGCAAGCCAAUACUGCACAAUACGACGCUCAAGAUCUUGGUGGAGAAGCAGAACACGUUGACGCAAAGUAUGACUUUUCUGCUGGAUGGCGACUUUACAAAUAACGGUCCAAUAGUACAAGUGCACGGCGCCGUGAUAACACCGCUCAAGGUGUCCCUCUCACGUGGGCAGUACGAGCAACUGCUUGACACUAUUAAUCGACUGUUCUCCAUGCCUACUGUAACUGCCACGGCCGCGGUCGCCGAAUAUGAUGACAUCGACGGAGUGUCUGGUUAUUCGGAGAAGCUUGAUCUGUGUGUUAAGGUCUCGUUUGAACUGCCGAGUUUUAAUGUGGAAUUGAAACAGGCACACUCGGAGCAACCAUUGGUAGAAUUGUCGAUGCGAGACUUCGUCGUCAAGUACGAAAAGUUACAGCGGAAUGAAUCCAACAUUCAGGUUGCCUUGCGCUCUCUGCUAAUGGAAGAUCUUCUGUGCCCAGUCGAUUCGCGCCAUCGCUACAUGAUGCAGUCGUCGGCACCCACACGCGCCAAAUUGUCCACGGGCGCUUCCAAGUCAUGUCCGGAUCUUGCCUUCGCGCGGCAAUACAAAACCGCUUUCGGUUGCGGCAGCUUGCCGGAUCGAUUGGAGAGCGAUACUCUGUACGGCGCGAUUCCGCCUCACUGGCGCAGGAAACCGGCAGUCUCGUCCGCUGAGACGCCGAACACGCCGCCACCCUCGCCGGGCGGCAUUACGAGCGGGGAAAACUUGGUGCUAAUAAACAUCAACAUGAUGCAUCCUGAGGAGAGGCUUAUCGCGUCGGAUGAAGAUCAGUUCUACCGUAAGACGGUAACCGUGGACUUCAACUGUCUCGACUUGGUGAUAAGCGUAGAAUCGUGGAUGGUGGUAUUCGACUUCUUCGGGAUUGCCGGUCUGUCUGGGGCAGCGGACAGUGAGAUCGCUGCGCAUCGAGCCACUCCUGACAGCGAUCGUACCAGUGGAAGCAAGACAGACGAAGACCUGAUAGUAAGAUCGGAAACGGAGAUAGAAGUGAGGUCGUUGACGCUGGUGCUGACGCAACUGGAGCGCGAGAUAGCGAAAGCCAAUGUAUCCAACGCUAACAUGCACAUUUUCAAAGCCGAGGAUGGCAAAACCAAGGUGUCAGGAUCACUAGGUUCCAUGUCGCUGCUGGACCUGACGCCGCACGGUCGAUUCUAUCGCGAGAGGUUUCUCUCAUCUGGCAGGAAAGCACUGCAUUUUCAAUACUCGAGCUACGCCGACUGCGAUGAGGAACCGUACGACGCGCGACUCAAGCUAGAAAUGUCUGCCGUACACUACGUUCACACGCAGAGAUUUGUGGCGGAGUUGCAAGCGUUUUUCGGCCACUUCUCGCAGCUGUGGAGUAUCAUGCGAAAUCUGCGAUCCGGCGCCGACGCUGUCAUAGACAUGAACAAGCGUGCCACGCGAUUGUCGUUAGAGUUGCACGCUGGUGCACCGGUGAUACUGCUGCCAGUAAGCUCCAGAUCCGACGAACUGAUCCUGCUGGACCUGGGCGAGCUUACGGCACACAAUAACUUUCAUACGUCGAUGGCCGUCCCGGAUUGCCUACUGGAUGUGAUGCUGCUUGAACUGGUUAAUAUGGACGUUUACGCAGCGCGCCGGCUCAGGUGCGACGCGAGUCUGGAUGAGGACACCCUAUCGGUAGGCGGCUUUCUCGUGAAGAAGAUGGGCUCCUCGCUGCUCACUGAUAAGUGUCAUCUGAAGCUGCGCAUCGAACGGAAUCUCGACACUUACAUUAGCCGCGACAUACCUGACCUCAGCAUACACGGCACGCUAUCGACGAUGGACUGCGCCCUGGACCCGAUGCAGUACAUGCUGAUCCGCGGCCUCCUAUCCUACAACAUCGGCGAGAACCUGGAUGAUCUGCGUCUCCUCGUGCAGGAUUUGAAUCACACGAUGGAGUAUACGAUCACGGCGGUAGAGAAUCGCGCGAACACGUGGACCCGAUCCUGCAUCACUCUCGAGCUGGUAAACGUGACGGUGAAGUUGCACCCGAGUCACAAUAUCGCCGCGCUGGCGUGCAUCAAUUUUAUUAAAUCUCGAUUAACGCUGGAAUCGCUGAGCGAUGGUUCGCAGGAUAUUGACCUGGUGUCGCAGGAGAUAUUGAUCACCGAUACACGUUUCCAGAACGAGCCGGCUGAUCGGCGGUGCAACGUGUUCACGCGGAUCCUACAGCCGUUGAGAGAUACCAUCAACGCGGAAGAUCGCGUUCAAGCCGAGGUGCAUCACAGGAAGCGCAAAACUUUCGCGGCGACGACUAUCCUGCUGCACAGCAUGCGAUUGACUGCCAUCCUGGACUGGUGGGAGGCUGUGCGAGACUUCGUGUUGUUGAACUCACCGGAACCCGACCCCAUACCUGGUACUGCGCAAGUGAUCGUCAAUCAAGAGGCCGAGGCCACCGAUGCUGCGAUCGUCGUGCCGUUCGAAUUGAAAAUCAACAUCACGGACUCCGAACUGGUCAUCGUCGAGGACACUGCGAUGCUCGACACCAACGCUGUAAUCUUGAAGACCACUGCCGUUCUGUCGUAUCGUUCGACACCGCAAAAGGGCAAGAAGCCCCUAUCUUGCAAUCUCUCGCACUGCGAACUGUUCUCGUGCGUUUUGGGCCUGGAGAACGAAACCGCUCUGUCAAUUAUCGACCCAGUCGGGGCGAGUUUGGAUUUGACACAUGACAAGUGCCUGGAGAUACAAUUGCAGCCGCUGUGCGUGAGACUGAGCUACCAUGAUGUGACCAUGUUCUCCAGGAUGCUGAGCUCACUGCCCAAGCAGACGUUAUGGGCGAAGCAAAGGUCGAGCGUAGUGGCAACGGAGAGCGAUCAGAUAGCGGAUACCCAAGUGUCGAAGCUGACUACGUUGGGUUUCGCGGAGGCGGACUGCAGAGUGGCGCUGGAUUGUUGCAACGGUCAGCUAGACGACGCCGCUUUGUGGCUAACGCAGAACGCCGUGCCGUCGAGCUCUGGAGCAGCCGCGACAGAGUCGAGCUUUCGCACUGUGGAGGUGCAGGCGUCCUGCAUGCGGAUUUGUAUCAUCGAUGACUGCCGGGACGCAGACGUGCCACUGCUGGAAGUUACGCUGGCGGAUUUCAACAUGCAGAAGAUGAACCAGCAACCCGGCUCGUUGUCCGCCACCUUCAGCGUGGAUUAUUACAACCGAGUGUUGAGUGGGUGGGAGCCAUUCGUCGAACCCUGGCGAGCGAAUAUUCAGUGGGAACAGACGCUCACUAACUCACUCGAUUCAAAGAGGCUGCACUUGUCCAUCAAUUCUCAGGACUCUCUGAACGUAAACGUCACCUUAACGUUGGUAGAACUCGUGCAACUAGUCAAGCACAACUGGACGCAGGAUUACUACCUAUCCAACGGAGAUCUAGUCGUCGACAAACCGGCGCUCAAGGCACAAGUGUAUCGACGACGAUCGCCUUUCAUACCUUUCGCUCUGAAGAACGAGACUGGCUGUAAGCUCUGGUUCAAAACGUUCAUUGCCACCGCGGAUGACACGAUAGAUGUCGGUAAAACGUCUUCUCAAGCGAGGAACGUUACGAAGAAGGACGACACGUGGAUAGAAGUGCUUCCGGGACGUACGACACCGUUUACGUUUGAAGUGAGGGGCAAGUUGAGGCAUCACGCAACGCAUAUUGUGAGACGGCAUCAAAUUGCAAUUUUAGUCGAAGGAUGGAAAACGGUUGAUCCUGUGACCGUCGACCGCGUGGGCAUUUACUUCCGGCACGCAAACGCUGAUACUAACGAGUUUCAGGCGAUUACAUCUAGAACUAGAAUCGUAUUUGCCGUGGAAUUGGAAGGAUCCGCCAGGAAGUUAGUUACUAUUAGGUCAGCUCUUCAAAUAUCCAAUAAACUGGCUCAUCCGAUCGAAAUCAAGAUGGAACAAUCGUUGAAUCAACUUGGAUAUUUACCACUAACUUCAAUUAACAGUGGGAGAAUUCUUCAAGUGCCGGCACAAUCGGUGAUGUCUGUGCCCCUGACACACACUGGAGUGCAGAUGUGCUUCAAGCCGUUCAUCUCGAAUCACCUGUUCCAAUAUUGCACGGAAUCAGUAGACUGGACGAUAGUCAAGAAACCACUGGAAGUCGUGGAAAAUCACAUCACUUGUCGAACCAAUCAGACCGAUAUAUUCAGAAUGUGCGUAGCGGUGAGACGAAACAAUUACCCGAUCGACAUGCAAAUGUUACCGGCGCACACGAUAACGGUAAUGGCUCCCAUUACACUGGCGAAUUUGUUACCAUACGAAUUGACGUACGAUACGGGUAUGGAGGGUGGCAGAAUUACGCCUGGCUGCAACGCAGACCUGCAUUGUUCUGAUUUGAACGAACAACUGGAGAUUACGAUUCAAUUGGACGGUUAUGUGGGAUCAGGAGUGAUAAUAUUGCCACCACACAGCUGUUCCUUCACUGCCCGUCUCAGACUGCUAGACUCCGCCAGCAGAAUGCUUUGCUUACAGGCAGCUGUAGUGGUGGAGAAAGGUUCAGCCAUGCAGAUCAACAUCACCGCGCCUUAUUGGAUCAUAAAUAAGACCGGCUUGCCAUUAGUGUUCAGACAGGAGGGUGUUGGUAUUGAAGCGGCGGGACAAUUCGAGGAGCAUGAGAGAGCGAGAAUGGUAGCGCCGCUGCUAUUUUCAUUCAGCGACGAGGAGGCCAGUAGGACUUUGUCGGUGAGGGUUGGCACUGAAGUGCAUCCUCACGGCGUACCACAGUGGUCUCAGCACUUUCAUCUGCAACCUGGGAUACACGUUCAUCGCUUGAGAGUUAGCUUACGCGACGGCAGACCGGACAUAGUCUACUUGAUCAGCGUGGCCACUCGCGCGGCGAGAGGAAGAUACAGGGCAACUACAGUAGUUACGCUAUCACCGAGAUACCAGCUGCAUAACAAGUCAUCUUAUACGUUAGAGUUGGCACAGAGAUGUUUCACAACGACAGUAUAUCAUCCAAAUGCUCAGGCGACGCACAUAACGAUCAUGCCCGAUUGUCACAUGCCUUUCCAUUGGCCACGAUUGGAUAAGGACUUGCUGCUUUGCGUCAGAAUCAUCGACGUGCCGAACUGUGUGUGGUCGGGCGGUAUCAGAUUGGACGACAAUUACUCGUUAACCGUUAACGUCAGAGAUGCCAUGGGGAAGAUGCAUUUCCUACGAGUGGACGUUGUGUUGCAGGAGAUCACUUACUUCAUCGUGUUUACCGAUGCCGAUACUAUGCCACCGCCUAUAAGAGUGGACAACUUCUCGGAAGUUGCACUGACUGUCAACCAGAUUGCAGUGCCCGACAAUCUGCAAUGGACCGUCAGAUCACAUUCAUCGGUACCGUACGCGUUGGAUGAACCGAUACAGGCCGCUGGUUUAGUGCUAACAGCACCGGGAGGCGCGACAGCUUCGUACGACCUAAAUGCGCUCGGGGAGGGCAGAGGACUGACUUACGAAAAUUUCAUUUAUAUCGCGUUCGCAGGUACUUUCAAGAGUGAUUCCGAUCUCGGAACAGGCGAGAGCGAUCUGGAUCCGUUGGAUGUAGAAACUCAGAGAUUGGUCUUAGAGGCUGGCCCCGGUGGCGUGGUCACCCUCCGAAGAAAACAGUACGGUGCUAGAUCACAACUUUGGAGAAUGACCGGUGAUGGACAGUUACAGCACGAAGGUUCCAGUCCACCAAGAGACAAACAUUCCAAAGCUGCAAACAUGAUAUUCGUUUUGGACAUAGCAGGCACUGCGCCACAACCGUUCACAUAUUGCCCCCUCGCCCUGAGAAAGCCUGACUCCAGGCGAAAGUCGACGCAAACGUGGCGAUUUACCGACGACGGUCGUCUGUGCUGCGCGCAUAAAAAUAUGUGUGUUCAGUCGAAAGAUGGCUUUAUAGGACUGUGCGAAGGCGGCAGUGUCGCCCGUUGGCAAAUGUGGAGCGAAGCUGUACUGGGUCCUCAGACGAACAGCAGUCCACCGCCGGUCGAACAACGAGUAGGUAGACAAAAGUUACGACCGGGCUCUGGAUUCUUAUCGAUAAGGGUGACUACCGACGGUCCGACUCGUGUUCUGCAAAUCCUGGACAUCAAGGAAAGGAAGAAAACGUUCGCCUUACUCGAGGAACGCGACUGGUCGCACAUUGCCGUGAGCCAUCGGCCCACUCAAGUCGACGCCGACGUUAAGAAGCUAGAUUCCAGUGAAUUGGAUCUGAAGCUGCACUUGCCGGCUGGUCUUGGAUUGUCCAUCGUCUCGCAAAGACCAGUGGAGGAGCUACUGUUCGCGCGAUUGGCUGGAAUCUCUUUGGAUGUAGUGCAGACCCCGUUGAACACCACGUUGGAUCUGAGCGUCGCUGACGUGCAGAUCGACAAUCAACUGUCCGAAGCGCAAUGCACGUCGGUUCUGUUCGUGACUCGUUCAUCCCGCACGGAGGACGAGUAUCGGCCUACCCUCCACGUGGUGGCCGAGAAGCUACAAUCGAGGAAUCAGAACGCCGAGAUAUACAAGCACGUCAUCGUGAGCGUCAAGCCCCUGUGCGUGCAUCUGGAAGAAAAGUUUAUCUUAAAGCUGGCAGCGUUCCUCGGCAUCGGCAAGUCGGAACUGGAAGUGCCAGUCGACGAAAAUGAUUUCAAGGCGCAAAGAUUCAUCUCCGAAGUAUCCGCUGCACACGCUAAGAGAUAUUACUUUGGUGCCUUAAAACUCGUUCCUAAUCAAGUAAAACUUAGUGUGCUCACCACUACGAAAUUGCCCUACCAUCUGCAAGCUGUAAAGAGGAAGCUGGGGUUGACUCUGAUUAACUUUGAGAAUGCCACCAUUGAGUUGGAACCGUUCAUCAAGAAGCAUCCGUUUGAGAGUAGCCAAUUCUUGAUGCACUCUAUCGUGAAGCACUAUAAAGAUGAACUGAAGUGGCAAGCGGCAGUUAUCUUGGGUUCUGUAGAUUUCUUGGGAAAUCCUCUUGGAUUUAUGAACGACGUGACGGAAGGUGUUUCCGGGCUUAUUUAUGAAGGCAGCGUGAAGAGCUUAGUGAAGAACGUCACGCACGGUAUCUCAAACUCCGCGGCAAAGGUCACGGAGUCCUUGUCGGAUGGUCUAGGCAGGGUGAUCAUGGACGAGAGGCAUGAGGAGGGCAGACAAAGAAUCCGAGCCAACACUACGGGUAGCAGCGAUCACUUGGUGGCUGGCUUGAAAGGUUUGGGCUUUGGUCUACUGGGCGGUGUCACCAGCAUAUUCAAACAGACUUAUGACGGAGCGACCAGCGAGGGUUUCCCGGGCUUCUUUGCGGGUUUCGGAAGAGGAGUAGUGGGCACAAUAACGAAACCCGUCGUCGGGGUUCUGGAUCUAGCGACAGAGACAGCCACCGCUGUACGCGAGACGAGCAGGAGCGCUAAUCGCACCAUACCGAAGCGUGAUCGACCGCCACGUGUGGUCAGUGGUUCCACCGGAUUGCUGCCACCGUACAAUCGCCAGCAGGCCGAAGGCCAAGAAUUCCUGUACAGCAUUAACAAUCGUGACUACUCCGAGCUCUUCGUGGCCUACGAGUGCUUGUGCAGCGGUACGGAAAAUCUCAAGGUGCUCGUGUCCAACGAGAGCGUGCGCAUCAUUUCUGGCGGGUCGAAGGCGAUAGUGACCCAGGUCAACCUAGCAGAUCUCUUGUGUUGCCAGCCGAUGCAAAAGCCCCAAAGCAAUAACGUCACCCUGUACUACAUAGAACUGAUAUCUCGCUUUGAUUCGUCAGCCGCGGUCAAUUUGGACGGAUUGGCCGAAUUGUGGAGGCGGCCAAAGGUGCGUUGCGACAGCGAGGAGGUAGCAAAACACGUAUCACAGCAGAUCAAUUAUGCCAAAGGGAUGCACGAAGAACGCAGCUUAACGUUGUCAUCGUCGGAUAAUAUGUUAGAUGACGUACAAUACUAUAAGUAAUCAUGCUAAUCGACCUUGCAAUGAGAAUUCGAUCUUAUUUAUUAGAGACUAUACAGUCAGGUUUUUAUCUUUCGUAGAGUGCACGAUCAGUAAUGUUUUAAUGAUCGCUUAACGUUAAGUUUACAAAAAGACUGAUGUGGAGGUACGGUGAAAGUACUGUAAAAAGUAAUGUGAUUUCAAUUAACGCCGGCACACGAGCCGUAGCUGCAAGUCGCACAUCGAAAUCUCGCAAUCAGACUCUCCUCUCGCGUCUUGCAGUUGUGGCGCAACUAUUUUGGCGUAAAAAUUUUUGAUACAGUUCGAUAAGGUAUAAAAAUCGAUAAGAUAAAAUAGAUAUAUAAAAAGAAAGUGAGAGAGAGAGAGAGAGAGAGAGAAAUAGGAAAUUUUCUAAUCGUGUACAUAGAUAUAUAUACGUGCUGGUUUCCUAAACGUUACAUGUACAUAAUCCAUGUUUCCAGUUACAGGAAAUUUUAGAAGCACUAUUUUCAAUGAGAUUUUUUUUAGAGCUAACCUAGAGUUAAAAGUCACCUGUAAAAAUUCAACGAAAAGUCAUCGCGAGCUUUUUUUUCCUCGGCUAAAAAUUUUACUGCGCUUUCAAUUGCUAACUCAAAGUUGAUGUAUCGAUUUUGGAACAAGUAUGAUUUUCUUUUUUUCACAAUUAGCUUAGACUCGAUGGUCUACAUACAUCUUUAUGUACAUACGUAUCAAAACCAACGAACUUAACACUUACUGUCGUGAAAAAGUAAAUUUAUGUAACAUAGAGAUAGCAAUGUAUCAGAAAAGCAAUUAAGCCAAAGCCUUCAUACGUAUUUACAUUCAGUAAACGUAAGAAUUACGAUAACAACAAUAAGAGCGUAUAUUUUGCAAGCAUCAGGAUUCGAUAGCACGUGUCUCCUCUGUUUUAUUUAACCACUCUUUCUGUUUUGUAAUGCCUCGUAACAUCUUAUCGCGUACUGAGAAACGUAUGUAAACUGUACAGAUAGAUCGAUUCUAGAGUCAGCUAUAUUUAAAUACUUUUGUAAAGCUGGCGUACGUUGCGGAAAAGUAAUAUAUUUGUAAUAUAUAUAUAUCCACGUUGUGAUAUCCGUUAAAUGAAUUAAUAAAUGUUAUAUCUGCAA